CCCGUGCUGCUCUCUCGCCGCCACCUCCAGCAGGAUGCAGACUCCUCCGAGCGGGUCCUCAUGGACAUGCGCUGGGGCCUGGUGCCCUCCUGGUUCAAGCAGGACAACCCCUCCAAGCUGCAGUUCAACACCUCCAACUGCCGCAGCGAUACCAUGCUGAGCAAGUCCUCCUACAAGGGUGCUCUCCUCAAGGGCAAGCGCUGCGUGGUCCUGGCAGAUGGCUUCUACGAGUGGCAGCAGCAGAGUGGGGGGAAGCAACCGUAUUUCAUUUACUUCCCCCAGACCAAAGACACCAUGGACAAGGAGACACAGGGAGAUGAAGAAUGGAAAGGGUGGAGAUUGCUCACUAUGGCUGGGAUUUUCGAUUGCUGGGAGCCACCGGGGGGAGGAGAAAUGCUGUACACUUACACCAUUAUCACUGUGGAUGCUUCCAAGGAUGUGAGCUUCAUCCAUCACAGGAUGCCAGCUAUCCUGGAUGGGGAUGAAGCCAUCAGGAAAUGGCUGGACUUUGCUGAAGUGCCAACCCAAGAAGCUGUUAAACUCAUCCAGCCCACAGAGAACAUUGUUUUCCACCCAGUGUCCACCUUUGUCAACAACAUCCGCAACAACGCACCUGAGUGUGUUGCACCUGUUGAGCUGGGAGUGAAGAAGGAGAUCAAAGCUACCCCAAGCAACAAAGUGAUGCUGGGCUGGUUAAAAAGCUCCCAGGAGGGCUCUCCCCAGAAGAAAGAAAAUGAUUUGCCCAAGUGGACAAGUCAGUUCAUCCACAGCCCUUCACCCAAGAAAACCAGCGCAGAUAUCCUGCAGCAGUGGCUGGGGAAGCAGGGACAGCCAGCUGCGAAGAAGCACAAGGCUUAGGCACCAGAUGAGAUGGCUGGCCAUCCCUUUUACCUCUGAUUUUCCUAAGUAGAGUGAGAAAUGGUAUUUUUGUAAGGCUUUGCAGACUGAUGUUGAAGUCAUCCAAGCCUCUCAGGUGUUGAUCUGCUGCUCUAGGUUGUUGUCUCAUUUCUUUGUGUUUUGUUAAAGGUUGAUGUCUGUAAAGAUUUUGGCUUUGUCUUGUGCUGAGAGGAGUGAAUAUAACUUGUUGGCCUCCCUCCUUGCCAGUCAUGCCAAGCAAAAAUAAAGCCCUGAGAAGCAUCUCAGCCUGCUAGGGAGGAAUAACUUCUGUCUCCUGACAAUGUUGAUAGUUCAUGUCUCUGGUUUUCUCUUCCCUUUUUUUGGUGUUAAACUGAUACUUUUGCACUUAAUUCCACACUGAUUCUGUACAAAUUCCUUUCCAAUAUUCUUGCCCUGAAAAGAUGGCUGCAGUGCAGUACUGAGGAACAAGCAGUAAAUAUUAUGAGGAAACCCCAGGCUGGGAAGAUCUGCCAGAUCCACCCUGCUCUUUAUCAGCAUUGCGAUGUGCAUUCAUGGCUCCUAAACAGGGAGAUGUUCAAGUGGUGCCUGGAGGAGCUGGACUUUGCUUAGGUUUUCCUGCUGGCAGCAGGGUGGAACAGUGUGUCUGUCACGUUGUUUGUACCAUCAUUUUGUUAAUGGGAUUUGAAGACUUAGAGAGGAUUUCCUUGAUCUGGGGAGGGAUGCACUCUGUCUUAUUUGAAAAGGCCAGUCAUUAAAGCCCAGAUAACCUAAGUGCCAUUACAGAACAGCACAGGGCUGUUGUUUAUGAGGUCAGGGAUUUUGUAAACAGAGCCAGAUGUUACAGACCAAAAGCCUUACAUGAUGAAAUCCUUGCUAGAAAUCAGUACUUCUUUGUGUUGGAAACAAUAAAAUGGUCUUCACUGGCUGUCUGGGCCGUGCCCUUGUCCAUGUGCGUGUCUGUGUCCCUCUUGCCCGCUGCAGCCCCAGUGCUCCUGUUUUGCAGGCAGAGCUUGUACCUCCUCUCCAUCUGCCGAGGAGCAAACCACCUACCCAAUGCAGAGCUCUCAGGGUUGGAGCUCUGCAAGGCCAUGUUGGUGGAACAUUUCCAUUUGUCAGUGGUAAAUAUUCCCUGGGGCUUGAUUCUGGGGCUCCUCUAGAGUCAUCUGUCCUCCCUGGAGAGCUGCAAGGGUGGCUGCAGCUGAGGCUUGUCCCUGGGGAGGUGUGGAGAGGGCCCACAGCGGGCUGGGGGUCAGAGAGAAGAGCUGACAGAAAGAAGAAGCCAGCAGGAUUCCUGUGUGUCCAUGAGAAGAAGAGAAAUAAGAUAAGGGUAGAAGAAAACAGAACAUGUGUGCUGCAAAAAAAACCCAUAGAAAAGCAGGACUUAACUGUAUUUUGGAUUUUUGGGGAUGCUUUCUCAAUAUAGUGCUUCCAUCAAUGGACUUGAGGGGUGGUGUGAUGAUGACCAAUGAGAUGGGUGCACUUACUGGGUCAGAAAGGUAUAAAAACGCUAUGUAUGAGCACAAUAAAAAA